AUUUCGUCCGUUGGUCACAGGACAGAGCCAACAUGCUCCUGAAAGUUUCAGUGGAGAAAAAAAGCAAAAUUAAAAAUAAAAAGAGGUUGGAAAUGUAGCAAGUGUGUCAACAGAAAAAAAUCAACGAAGUCUUCAAAGAAGUGCUGUGAGUGAUGAAACAUGGGUGCAUAAAUUGGACUACAAUUUUACAUCUAAAUGACAAUCAAGUUGUUUAUAUGGUGUAGUUGCCUCUGGAUCCUUGAGGCUUUUUGAAAGAACACCAAACUCAGUGACAGGAUAAGACAGUAUGGCUUCCCCCAACUCUACUAGUGCCAGUGCAAACGACACGUCAGAAUCUCCUACUAAUAUGCAAGAUUCCCAGGUGCAGUCUGCUUCCAGCCACAGAGACGUAAGGCAGGACGGCUUCAUUUACUUAAGGUGGUGUGCCAUCAUUAGCACUUCAGUGGUCAGUUGCGGCCUCUGCACUAUUGGCUUUGCUCUCAUAGCCUUCAAUGACACCAGUACGGGCCUAGUUCUCCUCUUUGUUGGUGGCAGCAUUGUUACGUUAGCGGUGUGUGCUGCAAUUGGGAAGUACAAGGCACAAAACAAGAAAGAGCUGCACGAUCGGCCCCCAUCCUACAGAGUGUCCUGGCGACGUUCUUUCCUGCGCCGUGUUAAACGAGCCAACAAUCAAAAUGGAGAGGAGCCACCGCUUCAGCCGAGUGGUCGUUUGCCGAGUAGCAACAAUGUGCUGAGUUUAUCUUCUAGCAGCCUCGUAACAUUUGUGGAAAGUGCUUCAGGACAUGCACCUCAUAUUAGACAAACACAAUCCCUUGAUAAUAUUGUAGAUCCUCCUAGGUAUGAAGAUGCCGUGAUAUACAUAGACGAAGCAACAAAGCGGAAACUCAAGUCAGACCUGUGCCUACCUUCUUCAACCAAUUUUAGUUAAGGGAAGAGUUCGCUAUGGUGUAUUAUAAAAAUAGUCGAAAAACAUUAAACUGAGUUAUAGGGCCUGUCAAACCAGACUAGUCUAGAAGUGGGCGAGGCGACGCGCCCUCCGAUGUAUGCCCCCAUUGAAUAAUCGAUUGAUAGAAGUGUCGAAUGGCAAAGUUUGUUCCGAUUCCGAAAAUUUGAAAAUCCUUAGCAGGGGAAUCUACAUAAACACCGGGUGUGAGUGGCACAGCGCCAAGUGUGUGUUUGAUGAUGUACCUUGUAGGUUUUGUGACCUAUUCUAAAUAUAUAUGACAAAACAAUCAUAAAUUAAUACUUUCUCACGUAUUCUGGCAACUUAUCUUGGGAGGGCCGGUGUGUGAUAAGGCAAUGACGUGCUUAGAUUGAGAGCAAAGCCAUGACACGCCACUUCUUGCUCUCCUUACUCUCGCGUCCACCACCGUCUCCAUAAAUUUUAGGAGCACUUUAUAUACAUAGAGAUCUUCCUGAAUAACCAUGCCUAAAAGAUAAAGGCAUUUGUAGCAGAUCCGAAGAAAGGCAAAAAAAGCUUAAGCUUCGGGCAUGAGGGCAGCUGCCAGCCCGAAAGGCAGAACCCAGAAAUCCCAAUGAAUCUCUGCAUUUCAGAAUUUGGACAAAAUCUCUGAAAAUAAACAUGCUGGAUUCUUCAGAGCCAACUGCCUUCAGUAAGUGUCACCUCACCAUCAUGUUAGGGAUGAAGGAGGAGAUUGAUGGGUUGAAACGCAAAGAUAAAAGAAUAACGCCGAAGAAGUCUCAAAAGAAGAAAAGAAUCAGCUCGAGUCCCAGCAGUGACGACACAGCAUGUGGAUUUUAGCAAAGAUCAAACCUGGCAACGCGAGUGAGGGGGUGCCUCAUAAUACCCUCACCAUCGGGCGAAUAAUAUCCUUCGUAAGGGAUGAACCAAAUGCCAGAUAUUAGGAGCAAGUAUUAUUAUGUGAUUUUUGAACCUUAAGGAAACAAAAGAUAGCUAACUUGCAGCAUGGUAACUAUGUUAUGACACCAUGACACGAAAAAAAAAUGUAUCGCAUUUUUCUUAGAAUUAGGUGUUAAAAAAUAUUAUGCUAUCUUCUUCUUUGUUGUUGUUUUUUUGCAAGAUUGCAAUACAAUUUUGGGGGUAAUAACUUGAUUAAUCGUAGAACAAAAUUGCUAAAGCCUUUUUAGAGGAUACUUUUUGCCUCUUUUUUUUUUUACGA